GGGAAAAGCCGUGGUGGCCAAACCAAACUCCCCGUCGCCGCCAAGCCACUAGGCCGUAGCGCAUUCCUCAGUCGGCCAAUUCAACGUCUCCCGCCCUGCAUCACAUCACAGCUCGUCACUCCUUCAACAAUCGGCAUUUCCAUUUCUCUUCUGGGGGGCAUGUCGCCGAAGCUAACAUGGCUUUCUACACGAGCGGGCUACCGAGCGUCGCAGCAGCGACGACGGACCUGUGGCCCUCGAUUGCGAACACCCUGAUAGUUCCGUGGAGAGCCGCCCACUGGUCCUCCCCAGCUACCAAAUCAAAGUCGCAGUCGCAGCGCAGAAACGCAUCGACUGCAUCCGUUCGCAGCGGGUCCGCAUCAGCAACGCAGCCAGGAGUGGCUGACGACGCGGCCAAAGCCUUGUCCGCCAUCGGACCACCUAUCGCCGACGUGACGACGGAGCUCCCGGACUUCCUUCGAGACGCUGUCUUGCCGCAAUCUCUCGUUCGCGCCCUUUCAGCUACGCCACCCCCGUCCCUCAACAUCAAUACGCUCUCGGAACUGUUAAAUACCUCCCCACGCUCCCUUGUCAUGGCGAGCCCGCUGUUCCGCCGCUCGCACGCGGCCCUGAUGUCGCCGCGCCCUCUCGGAUCGCUUCCCGGCCUGCGCUUCAUGAGUUCAUACCAGCCGAGUCGUGUGCAGCCGUUUCGCUGGGCGACAGAGCGCCCGCUUAGUCGUGUCUCAUCCCGCUCUUUCGGUAGCGAUUCUUACACACCAUCUAGAACGAUGCUCGCUCGGCUCGAGAAGAUGGCGAAUUCAGACGUCAACGAUUCCCGUGCUCAGAAUAUGUUCUACGAUAGUUUGUUGAAGGCUAGGAGGCCUGCCAUUGUCAUUGAACGAUAUCAGUCGGGUCGCUUUGCUGCCGACGAGAAAUCAGCUGAAUUUUACCACGCGGCCUCGAGAAUGAUGGGAGGAGGACCUAUUGCCGGUGCGCAGGCCGAGACCAGUGUCCAUCCCAGUGGACUCUCGCCGACUGAGAUCCAGGCUGUCGGCCAGGCUGUCGCUGCUCAACGCACCGGUGCAAACAUAGCUGUUUCGAGCAAAGGGGUGGGCACUAAAAGCGGGCCCCUCCACGUUGUCGUCGAUGAGACUAUCAGCUCUUCCAUAUUCCGUUGGUUGAAGUUUUUCUUCUGGUUCGGACUUGCCACCUACAUAAGUUUGGUGGCUAUUACGAUGGCUGUUGAAGGCAUGACCUCUAUCAAACGUCCUGGUGGAAAAUUCGACAGCCCCGAAGCCAAGCCCGAGAACCAGAAGGCGCGCUUCGCCGAUGUCCACGGUUGCGACGAGGCCAAGGAAGAGCUGCAAGAGCUGGUUGAUUUUCUUCGCAACCCCGACAAGUUCUCCAACCUUGGAGGCAGGCUCCCGACCGGUGUUUUGCUUGUUGGCCCCCCUGGUACCGGUAAAACCCUUCUUGCCCGCGCCGUUGCCGGAGAGGCAGGCGUCCCGUUCUUCUUCAUGUCGGGCAGUGAGUUCGAGGAGAUCUACGUCGGCGUUGGCGCCAAGCGUGUCCGUGAGCUUUUCGCGGCCGCCAAGGCCAAGGCACCCUCGAUUGUCUUUAUCGAUGAACUGGACGCUAUCGGCGGUCGUCGCAAUUCUAGGGAUGCCUCGUAUGCCCGGCAGACUCUCAACCAGCUGCUUACGGAGAUGGAUGGCUUUGAGCAAAAUAGCGGAGUCAUUAUCCUUGGCGCCACCAACUUCCCCGAAUCGCUAGACCACGCUCUUACUCGGCCAGGCCGCUUUGAUCGCCAUGUCGUUGUCUCCCUUCCCGACGUCCGCGGCCGCAUCGCCAUUCUGAAGCACCACGCCAAGAAAAUCAAGGCGGCUGCUGACGUUAACAUGGAGGCCAUUGCCAGCCGCACUCCUGGUCUUUCGGGUGCCGACCUCGAGAACAUUGUCAACCAAGCCGCCAUCCACGCCAGCAAGAUGAAAGCGCAAGCCGUCACGCAGAAGGAUUUCGACUGGGCCAAGGACAAGGUUCUCAUGGGUGCCGAGAGAAAGAGCAUGGUUAUCUCGCCUAAGGAGAAGGAAAUGACGGCCUAUCACGAAGCCGGUCAUGCACUUGUCGCCUAUUUUGCUCGCGAUCCCGCAUCCGAACUGUACAAGGUUACUAUUCUCCCGCGCGGCCAAAGCCUUGGCCACACGUCUUUUCUACCGGAGAUGGACAAGCAUUCCAUGAGUGUCCGGGAUUACAUGGGCGCCAUCGACCGUGCCAUGGGUGGCAAGGUGGCCGAGGAGAUUGUGUACGGCAACGAACUUGUGACAAGCGGAGUCAGCGCCGUGAGUAAACCCCGCCUUCAUCUUCCCUACUAGUCUGUCCCUUCUAACCAUGCAUUCAGGACCUUGACAUGGCUACGCAAAC